AUCUAUAUGACCUGUAUGCUAAAAAAUGUAAAUAAACUUGAGCAAAACCCAAAACCCUCUUUCAUUUGACAAACAAAGAUCAACGAGAUUCACAACCAAGAAGUGAAAAAAUGUUAGGAAGAAGAUUCAUCUCCUUCUUCAGGAAAAGCCCAUCAUCACAAUUUCCAAGUUCAAGUGAGAGGUUGGUGGAGGAAAACAAGGGGAGGAAAUGGGGAAGAAGAUUGGUUUCCGGGGCAUUGAUUUCUGUGACUGGUGGUAUUGCUCUUAGUGCUCUUGAUGAUCUUGCCAUUUUUUAUGCUUGUAGCAGUAAGGCCCUGGAGAAAGCUAGCACAAAUGAGGCAGUUAUAAAUGCUAUAGGAGAGCCAAUUGUGAGAGGUCCCUGGUAUAAUGCAUCACUUGCAGUAACUCACAAGAGGCAUUCGGUGUCAUGCACUUUUCCUGUUUCUGGGCCUCAAGGCACAGGAGUCUUUCAGUUAAGGGCAGUUCGUGAUAAAGAUGACAAGUGGCUUACAUUUUUCCGACCUCGUGACUGGGAAAUUCUUAUUAUGGAAGCCCUACUUCACGUUCCUGCAAAUGAAGGGAAGGAUCAAACAUUCCGUGUUAGUAUAACAGACAAAUUGGUACCUCCAGCUUGUAAACCGUGUAUGGAUUGCAAGCCUGAAGGAUCAAGUGUAGCAGAAAACAAAUUAGCAAGCUAGUUACUAAAUGAGAGUCUUUUUUUUGUUCAAUUAUUUUUUUGAUGGCUUUUAAAUAUACUUCAUGCAGCAUAACCCAUCAGGGACUUGAUACGAGAUGCUCUAAUGACCAUUAAUGGCAUUGAAUAAAUUUUGUUAGAACCAUAUGAAUACAUGUAGAUGUUCGUUCAGAGAUCUUUUCCUUGUUGUCCCUGGAGUAUUUAAGUUCAGGAAGAUGUUUUGGGGACCUCUUAUUUUCUGACAUUAUUUCAGUGUAAAAAUCACAUUGGCCUUCAGGUUUGUUACAUUUUGGUUUGUAAGACGUUCAGCGAAUGGAGCUAAGCUGACCGUUUGUUAUCUUGGUUCAUUCUGAUUCGUCGUGAAGUGUGGUUUGUUCUACCUUCGUUUUCAUCGUAUGUAUUGGCUUCUGAUGCUGUAUAAAAUUUGAUUUCCAUUUGAAAAAAGAAUAAGGUUCAGGUCCUUCA